AAAAAACAUUGUUACUUGAUCAAAUCAAUUUUGGAAUUAGCCAAGUUAAGGUGCAAAUUUUCAGUGUUUUUUCCCAAGGUGGUUAUUUGGCAAACAACAUCAUGCCUAUUAAAAUAAAAAUAACCGACCUUGAAGAUAACUCAAGCAUUUACAUGUAUUUGAGACAAAGAUCAGAAAGAUCUGAAUCAGACAUUGGGAGAAACAUCAACAAUAAAGGACCCGAAAAUAACGGAGUUUCGACAUGUAAUUAUGGUGAUGACGAAAGAUCCAACUUUUGGUUUUGGUAUGAAUAUGAUGUUGCUCCCAGAGAUAACCCAGCUAUGCCCUACAAUUAUGAAUGUGGAAAAGAGGUAUACAAUUACGGAGGAGCUUCAUCUUACAAUUACGGAGGAAAUGUACCAGAAAAAGGACCAUACCAUGAUGUUGGAUUGAAUAAUCAAAUUUCACCCUACAACUAUGAAUGUGGUAAAGAGGUAUACAAUUAUGGAGGUGGAAAUGCAGGUAUCACAUCUUACAAUUAUGGGAGAAAUGUACCAGACAAAGGACCAUAUUAUGACGUUGGAGUUUCAGCUUAUAAUUGUGGAAAAGAGGUAUACAAUUAUGGAGGUGUUACAUCUUACAAUUACGGAGAAAAAGUACCAGAUAAAGGACCAUACUAUGAUGUUGGAGUAAAUAAUCAGAUCUCACCUUAUCAAUAUGGGAAUAAAGAAGUUGCAUCCUGUAACUACCAAUGUACAGCUCAAAUUUCCCCUAACUGUUACAGUGGUGGCUUCAAAGGAGUUUCACCAAGCCCCUAUCAAGGAGAGGUUGACAUGAAAAAGUCACCCAUGGAAUGCCCUCCCAGAGAUAUCCCACGUAUAACGUCAACCAUGAAUUGCCCUCCCAGAGAUAUCCCACGUAUAACGUCAACCAUGAAUUGCCCUCCCAGAGAUAUCCCACGUAUAAUGUCAACCAUGAAUUGCCCUCCCAGAGAUAUCCCACGUAUAACGUCAACCAUGAAUUGCCCUCCCAGAGAUAUCCCACGUAUAAUGUCAACCAUGAAUUGCCCUCCCAGAGAUAUCCCACGUAUAAUGUCAACCAUGAAUUGCCCUCCCAGAGAUAUCCCACGUAUAACGUCACCCAUGAAUUGCCCUCCCAGAGAUAUCCCACGUAUAACGUCACCCAUGAAUUGCCCUCCCAGAGAUAUCCCACGUAUAACAAGGCUGAAAUGUAAGAGGAAAUGUUGCAAAAAACUUAAAACACAAGGGAAAGACAUCAAAAUAACACCGAUGUCAGCGGAGGGGCUCUCUGAGGUGGGCCCGAUUGCUAAGAAGUACUUGAAGAAAAAUGGUGAUUUUAUUUUUGGGAUACAUUUUGACAAGGAGGCGAAUGCGUUUAAAGUGGGGCGAGAUUUAGUGAUGGUUGACGGGAAUGAUUUGGUGUUGAAUUUUGAAGAAGAAGUGAUGAGAUAUACUGGAACAGAAGGACUUUGGAGGUUGAUAACCCAAGACAUGAGUUACUUUGAUGAGGAUUACUAUUUUUCAGACGAGGAUUGGGUGGUGUAUAUGGAGCUCUUGUUGAGGACAAACUACCACCAAUGUAGUGACACUGUAGCCAAGGAUGAUGACCCUGAAAACAUCACUCCGAUGUUCCUCUGCUGCUUAGGUCUGGGAGCUGGAGGUGUAGCAGUGGGUGGAGCAGGGGGGUUGGCAGUCGGGGGUGCAGGGGGAUUGGUUGCAGGGGGUGCCGGAGGUUUAGUGGUGGGGGGAGCAGUUGGAGGAGCGGUAGGGUUUGCUGGUGGGGUAGGGUUCACUCUAGCAACACUGUUGGGUUUGAAGUUCGCUGCUAACCUGGGUAAGGUUCUCACAAGUGCCCUGUACACAGUACUCUCAAAAAAGGCAAAUUUUAUAGCGGGAGCACUUGGGGGCAUGGCGCAAGCUGGUGUAAACAUUUAUGGGAAAAUUGGACAACUGAAGGAUGGUAUCUAUGAUGCACUGAAAAACUUAGCUCCCAAGCCGAUCAGUUGGGGAACGUAUCUGAAGGACAAAAUGUCCGAUUUGUUCUGGGGGGCGGUUGGUAAAAUUGUCCCAAUAUCCCCAGGUGGAGGACCUGAUUUGAGUUAUCUGAAGUUUUGGGAAUGGUUCAAAUGUCCCACCUGUAUCCUCUUCAAAGAGUUGGAUGAACUUCUACGCCUGUUAAUCAGUCUCCAAAAACCGGAAACCUCUCCCAACAAACAGUGUGGCUUCAACCAGAACUGCCUCCUAUUCUGGAUCUUGGAGCGGAUUGUGGCAUGUUUCGGGAAGGAAGGUGGAUGUGAGAAGCUCAUUGAUUGGCUGAAAAUCAACGUACCAUUAAUUAUCUCCAGUGGUUUACUGAGACAGCUGAUAGAGAAUCUUCCCUGGGGUUAUCAGCAGAAGACUAACCCGAUCUGUGGACCCCAGACUAAACCUGCCCAACAGGAUAAGGAUUGCAGCAAUCAAGGCCAGAGGUACAAAUGGUACUUAGAUCUGGAUAUCAAGCUGGAGGCUGAGGUGAGAGUUGGUGUGGAAGUGUUGGAUGUCUUGUUCAAGGAAGAUCCUCAGUUCUUUGAGAAAAUUGAAGGAUCCAUCAACUUGCCUUGCAAGGAGCUCAACGAGGCUCUCAAGAGUCUGCUAGAGUUUUUGAAAAACUAUUUCCAAAUAGAGAGCCAAGGUGAGUGUCUUAUAUGACACUGCUUAGAGUAGUGUAGGCUCUCAAAAGUCCUACAGUUCAUGAAAAACUAAAUGGAAAAUCAAGGUGAGUGUCUUAUAUGAACUGUAGAGUAGGCUCUCCAGAGUCUGCUACAAUUUCCUGAGAGACUAUUUUCAAAUAGAGUCGAGAUGAGUGACUAAUAUGCUGAAGAGAAGAUUAGAUUUAGAUGAAAUUGAAUGAAGACACUCUUUAUUUGGCGGAGUUGGGACUUUUCAGUCCUCUCUACCGCUCAACCGUGAGAUGUUAGGUUUCUAAAGUAUCGAUUAGAGUGUCUUAUGGUGUAUUGGGAAAGUUGUCUCUUACUCCUUACUCUUCAAAUACAAAAUGUUUCUCCAUGUCUGUAAUAAAACCGAUCUUGCAAUGA